UUAGUAAUUUGCCAUAACUGUUUCAGGAAGCAUUUCAGAUGGAAGCACUGGAGACGUCGCUGUUGAUCAAUACCAUCGUUAUCAUGUGUCGAUUUUUAUGUUUUUAUUCGAGCGUCCAGUGCUUUUAGUACAUUUCAAGUGAAGUUGAAAAGGUUUAAAUAAGGUCUAUUAAACAAUAGGUCCAAUAUCACGAAAAAGGCUCCAUUUACACCUACCUCGAGUGUGUAAUAAGAAGACAAAAUAAAAAUAAAAAACAAAAUAAAAAGAAAAAAACAUACGGGUGAUUGCCCUUGCAUAUAGGCCUAUCAUUUCUUUAUUUCUGUGAGAAGGUGGCACGGAAGGUCCAACAGAUAGACCUUGUGCUAGACAUCUUCCAUUUUAUUAUUUUCCACAUCACUUGUAUGCAUUGUAUCUAUUUUUGUUUUCAAUUGUAGAAGACAUCUUCAUUGAAGAAGUGCAUUUGCUGAGGUCGAGCCACAAUUCACCUUAGCAUUCGAGAUGCCCUUAUGAUAGAAGAUGUAGAGUUGAUGGAAUCUCUUGGGGUCAAUGCUCAUAAGAUUUCAAUUUCAUGGUCUCGUGUUUUACCAAAUGGAAAACACGGAAACAUUAAUUGGAAAGGAAUCAUCUAUUACAAAAAUCUCAUCGAUGCUCUCCUACAUAAAGGUAUUGAACCAUUUGUAACAAUAACACAUUUUGAUCACCCUCAAGAAUUAGAGGACAAAUAUCAAGGUUGGCUAAGCCCCGAGAUGCAGGAUGAAUAUGCACAUCUUGCAGAGGUCUGUUUCAAGAAUCUUGGUGAUCGUGUUAGGUAUUGGAUUACAUUCAAUGAACCAAACAUAUUCGCAACUAUGGCUUAUCUCUACGGGUUUUGGCCUCCCAAUCGAUGCUCAAAAUCACACGCGAAUUGUACUCAAGGAAAUAGUGGCAAAGAACCAUUUAUUGUAGGCCACAACCUCAUUCUAGCUCAUGCUUCUGCUGUUAAUAUAUAUAGAAACCAUUACCAGUUUUCUCAAGACUUCAAUUCCAUAUAUAAGGGCUUUAUAGGAGGAGUUAAGGGGUGUACAUAUGGGUGCGGGAAAUUAUUCAGCACGCCCUUUCAAUUCAAACCGGGCUGCACAACAUUAUUGUAUAUAAAUGGCUCAAAGAGACUCCUCACCAGUUAUAAGUAAUCAUGGCAAAAGCAAGGAGGGCAAAUUGGAGUUGCGCUAUAUUUUAACUGGUAUGAACCAAUAAGCAACUCAACUGCAGACAAAGCAGCCGCUAUGAGAGCAGUUUCCUUCUCAACAAACUGGUUCUUGGAUCCAAUCAUAUAUGGAGUGUAUCCCAAAGAAAUGAGGGAUCUUCUUGGGCCGAUUUUACCAGAAUUUUCAAGCUCAAACUUAGAAAUUCUGAAAUCCGGGUUAGAUUUUAUCGGGAUCAAUCACUAUGCCACAUUUUAUGCCAAAGAUUGCUUAUUUUCUACAUGUGAGACUAUAAAUGGAAACAGCCGAGAAGAAGGUUUUGUGGUGCAAACUAUGUUGAAGAAUGGCGUCCCCAUUAGUGAAAAGACAGGGUUGGACUAUCUGGAUGUUUAUCCGCAAGGAAUAGAAAAAGUAGUAACAUAUACAAAAGAAAAAUAUCCCAAUAUACCAAUUCAUAUAACAGAAAACGGAUAUUGUGACAAAACCACAUCAAACUCUAGCAUGGAAGAAGUUCUUGAUGAUAUAAAGCGGGUCGACUUCUUGGCCGGUUAUCUAAACGUCCUGGGAAAUGCCAUUGGAAAGGGGGCAGACGUGAGGGGCUAUUUUGUAUGGUCAUUGUUGGAUAACUUCGAGUGGACUUAUGGGUACUCAAAGCGGAUGGGGUUGCACCAUGUUGACCGUGUCACUCUUAGGAGAACUCCAAAAUUAUCAGCAAAAUGGUACAAACAAUUUAUUGCAGAAAAUCAGAGACUUAAGAAGAAAAUGCUGAAGACGAAUUAUUAAAUUCUAAUAUCCUUAUCGUGUUCGUUAUGAUGUGAAUAUUGGUCCAAUAAAACAAACUUUUUGAAGCUUUUACUUGCUAAUAAAUACUACGUAUUAAGAGUGUAUUAAUAUCUUCAGUCCAUUUGUAGUCAUUUAGUACCAUGAUUAGGAUAAUGAGUUAUUCUUCCUGCAG